GCCAAUCCCAUAGGUAGCUACACUGUAUACCACCACUCACUCAGCUGCCAGACAGAAGCUUCUUCCAUCACACCACUUUCAUCGUUCGCAAACAUUUAUAUCAACUCCCCUCGAGUCAAUCCAAUUGCAGCUUCUCUAACUUCACUGUCACUCCAAGAGAAACUCCAAUCCAUUUCCAUCAUGUUCCGCACAUCUCUCGUCAAGGCCGCUCGCCCUUCUCAGCGCCUCUUCUCCACCUCGAUGCGCGUCAUGGCUGCCGGCGACACCGGUGCCGUGCGUCCUGGAGGCGUUCGUUCUGGCGAUGCCUUCACCAAGCGCGAGCAGGCCAGCGAGGAGCUCUACAUCAGGGAAGAAGAGAAGAUAAAGUACGAGAACCCAACUUCCCACCCACCUUAUUCCAUUCAGAGAGGGGGUGGGCCAAAAACACAGCCUACUACAAGAACAAAUAGCUGACUCUAUUCGCUUUGUGUCCAGGCUCCUCGCCAUCAGGGAGAAGCUCAAGCAGCAACAGCAACACAUUGACGAGCUCACCAAGCACAU